AUGGCCGUUGGAGAGCGCGAGGGCACCGACCCUUCUACCUACACCUCCCAUUACUCCAAGUUCGAGCGCGAACGCUUCCCCGCCAACCAAGCGGCGUGGGUCAAGCGUGCGCAGGAUGUCGCGGAGAUCCUGGCGUCCGAUGCGCCCAAGCGCGACAAUGAGAACAAGUCGCCCAUCGCGGAAAUCGGCCUGCUCAAAGCGUCCGGCCUCUUGAAGGUCAUGGGACCCAAGAAGUACGGCGGUGGCGGCGAGCCCUGGUCGACCGGCUACAAGGUCAUCCGUGAGGUGGCCAAGGGCGAUGGCUCCCUCGGUAUGCUCCUGGGCUACCAUCUGCUCUGGUCCACCACCGCCAACGUCGUCGGCACCGAGGAGCAGGCCGAUUCCGUGCAGCAAGCUAUCAUCGAGAAUAACUGGUUUGUGGGCGGCGCUGUCAACCCGCGCGACAACGACCUGAAGAUCACCGAUGACGGCGACAACAUUGUCUUCAACGGCUUCAAAAACUUCAACACCGGCGGUGUUGUGUCGGACCUCACUGUGCUCGAGGGCGUCUUCGAUGGGACGGAGGAUCAUAUUUUCACGCUCGUCAAGACCGACCAGCCGGGCAUCCAAUUCCAACACAACUGGGACAACGUGGGCAUGCGCCUGACGGAGUCUGGCAGUGUCCGUAUCGAGAACGUCAAGGCACCGUGGUCGGAUGCUCUGGGAUGGUCGACGGAAACGAAGCGACCCAUCCCCGAGGUCUUGAACAUUCCCUUCGCCUCCAUGCUCCUCCCCACCAUCCAGCUGGUCUUCUCCAACUUCUACCUUGGUCUCGCACAGGGCGCUCUUCUCGCCGCGACGAAAUACACCAAGACCUCCACCCGCCCCUGGCCGUUCGGCGGCGACAACAAGGACACCGUCACCGAAGAGUUCUACGUACUCGAGCGCUACGGGCAGUACGCCGCGCAUGUCGAGGCCGCCGACGCCCUGACGGAUCGCGCGGGCUUGAAAAUCGAUGAAGUCUACGCCGAGGCCGACGUCACUCUCCACCGCAAAAGCAUUAACGCGGAGCGACGAGGCCAAGUGGCCGCCUUUGUCGCGCACGCCAAGGUCGUCAAUACGGACACCGGCCUGGAGGUGACGAGCGGCAUCUUUGAGAUGCUCGGGUCGCGGGCCACGAGCAGGAAGCACGGCUUCGAUCGGUUCUGGAGGGACAUUCGCACGCAUAGUCUGCACGAUCCGGUGGCGUACAAGAAGCGCGAGGUGGGCAAAUGGCAGCUGCUGGGAGAGAUCCCGGAGCCCACAUGGUAUACCUGA